CUCGUUUGUAGACUGUCUCCACAGCUGUUUCGGGUUGCUAAAAUCCUGCGCAAGAUGUUAUCCACGAUUUACAUGCACGACAAUGAUGCAAACGGGCUCGCUGGCAAAUAAAGGAAUUCUUGUGUGGUUGCGUUUUGGAUAAAAAGACCGCUGUCUGUCGUUGCCCACUAUGCGGAGGCUCAGCGACACCGAGGGCCUGUGCGUGGAUCGUCUCUAACAGAUAUUUUAUGGAAGCAGAGGCGGCGGAGAGGCUGAGGCUGGGGAGUCUGGACAUCAGCUGAGACGUUAGCAAGCUAGCAUUCGUGACAGAAACCGUUAUAACCAAACGGUGACUUUUCCUUACAACUCCCCUUUAGUCUGACAUCAUGGCCACGAAUGGGAACAGUUUAACGACCGGGAUGGGAGAGAUCAUCCAGCUGAACGUCGGUGGCACAAGAUUCAGCACUUCCAGACAGACUUUGAUGUGGAUCCCAGACUCUUUCUUCUCAAGCUUGCUAAGUGGAAGGAUAUCCACUCUUCGGGAUGAAACUGGAGCUAUAUUUAUUGACAGAGACCCUACAGCUUUUGCGCCAAUUCUCAAUUUCCUUCGAACCAAAGAACUGGAUUUGCGGGGUGUCAACAUCAGCAUUCUGCGACAUGAAGCAGAGUUUUAUGGGAUAACUCCCUUGGUACGCCGCUUGCUGCUGUGUGAGGAACUGGACCGCUCAUCUUGUGGCAGCGUUCUCUUUCAUGGUUACCUGCCGCCCCCAGCCAUUCCAGCUCGUAAGUGCAGCCCUUCAUCAGCAGCCUCGGGCUCCACCUCCGAUGAGCGACCAGGUCCAAGUGGAGCUGAGGGUUUCAGCCGUGUCGGUCCCCCUCCUCACCCUUCUCUCUCUGGCUCGCCCGGAACUGACGAUGACCACAAACUGGGUCCUGUGGUUGACCCAAGGAAAGUAUUGAUCAUAGCGGGACACCACAACUGGAUCGUGGCAGCUUACGCACACUUUGUCAUCUGCUACAGGAUAAAAGAAUCUUCUGGAUGGCAGCAGGUGUUUUCUUCUCCAUACCUUAACUGGACCAUUGAACGCAUCGCACUGAAUGCUAAAGUGGUGGGUGGCCCACAUGGAGACAAAGACAAGAUGGUGGCAGCUGCCUCUGAAAGCAGCAUCAUCCUCUGGAGCAUCCAAGACGGAGGCAGCGGCAAUGAGAUAGGUGUAUUCAGUCUAGGCGUACCUGUGGAUGAUCUCUUCUUCAUCGGGAGCCAGCUGGUGGCAACAAGUCACACAGGGAAGGUGGGGGUGUGGAAUGCUGUCACACAGCAUUGGCAGGUUCAAGACGUGGUCCCCAUCACUAGCUGUGACACAGCAGGAUCCUUCCUACUAUUGGGCUGUAACAAUGGCUCUAUUUACUACAUAGACAUGCAGAAGUUUCCCCUGAGGAUGAAAGACAAUGAUCUUUUGGUGACAGAGCUUUAUCAUGACCCAUCAAACGAUGCCAUCACUGCACUAUCUGUCUACCUCACACCGAAAACCAGUGUGAGUGGGAACUGGAUUGAGAUUGCCUAUGGGACUAGUAGUGGUGCAGUGAGAGUAAUUGUGCAACAUCCAGAGACAGUUGGGUCGGGCCCUCAGCUGUUUCAGACGUUCACUGUGCACAGGAGCCCAGUGACAAAGAUUAUGCUGUCUGAGAAACAUCUGGUGUCAGUGUGUGCCGACAACAAUCAUGUUCGGACGUGGACGGUGACCCGCUUCAGAGGGAUGAUCUCCACCCAGCCAGGCUCCACUCCUCUGGCCUCCUUCAAAAUACUGUCCCUGGAGGAGACAGAGAGCCAUGGCAGCUACUGUUCUGGAAAUGACAUAGGUCCAUUUGGAGAGAGAGACGACCAGCAAGUUUUCAUUCAGAAGGUGAUCCCCAUCACCAACAAACUGUUUGUAAGACUCUCAUCUACUGGAAAAAGGAUCUGUGAAGUACAAUCAGUGGACGGCACCACCAUCACUUGCUUUAUGGUACGGGAGUGUGAGGGUUCCAGCCGGAUGGGGUCACGGCCUCGGCGUUAUCUGUUCACCGGCCACGGCAACGGCAGCAUUCAGAUGUGGGACUUGACCACCGCCAUGGACACGGCGAACAAAGGAGAGGAGAAGAAGAAAGAGGAUGUUGGUGGACCUACUGAGGAGGAGCUACUUCAGCUGUUGGAUCAGUGCGACUUGAGCACCUCUCGCUGUGCCACCCCUAACAUAAGCCCCGCCCCCUCUGUGCUGCACCACACGCGCCUACGAGAGUCCUGCUCCAGCCUCCAGUUACAGGCACAGGAGGCCAUUCCAGAGGCUCAGGCUACUUAUGGAGCUGUGCGGCCCUACAGAGAGAGUCCACUGCUGGCCCGGGCUCGGAGAACUGAGUCCUUUCACAGCUACCGAGACUUUCAGAACUUCAGCCUGAGCCGAGGUGCUCUUGAUGGUGCGAGCCAGUCGUUCACCCAGGGUCCUGGUCAGGUGCACGAUGGCCGCCGUUCUCUCUGUGACUUUGGUCCAGAAGACAGUGAGAGGCGGGCCUCAACCAUGGACAUCUGGGCUUGUCGAACCUCCAGUGCAAGUUCUAACAUAAACACAGGUGCUUCCGUUGGAGGUUCAGGGAUGAAGGCAGAAAGUGGUCAAGAAUCUCCACGGCAACCGCCAGAUAGCCCUAUUGUUGGAGGUGAUGUUAGACGAAAAGUGCACCUGCAGCCAGAGGAGGGUGAGGGUGCAGCAUCGGGGGGAGAUGGGGGGAAGACUGAGGGAGGGGUGAAGAAGAGGGGGGUGCUAGAUGGAAGCUUUCUUGGGAGGAAGAGGGCCCCCCCAGUGCCUCACCUCUCCUCCGUCCCAUCUGGAUCUGAAGGAGGUGGCAGCGACUCGUCAGCCACUGCCUCCCCCUCCCCAACCAAACUGGGCUCCUCCACAUCCCCGCGACACAGGAAGCUGGCCCCUGAGCCGUCCAAUCAGGACAGCAGCCUGUGACGGUGGGGUGAGCCCGUCCAGUUUUCUUGCAGAUGCGUCCUGUGCUGUAGUUGUGUGUAGGACAUAACAAGGCCGGGCUACACAGUGGAAAAAGUGUAAGAGAUAAAUGCAGGAAACUCUAAUUUACACUUAUCUGCUUUUAGUUCAUUCUCUGUCGCCCUGAGCUGUGUUUUUAGAGCUGUGGUUUAGGAUGGAAGCGACUAAAGGACCUAUUUCAUUUCACAUAGUAAGCCCCGUAAUGAUUUAACUAGUCUGUGUCUCAGGAUCAAAUUAUUUUUACUCCGUUUCCUUGAUUAUAACAACUUUUAGUUAACCUGCACGCUUUCAUUAAUUUGUGUUUUUUACUUUCGACUACAGAACUGACAUAAUGAAGCAGUUGUAACAUCCCAGCACUAACAAGAUGCCAUCUCAAUCAGAGCAGGAAUGCACUUUUUUUUUUCUCUUUUUUAGCCUUUAUCACACUUUAUCACAAAUCUGCUGGGUUCAGCUGGAGCUGCUGCUGUCUCAGCUGUCUACUGGUGUUUGCUUUAGGUUGUCUCAGACUGUUGGUGAUGGUAGUGCUUUGAGGCAUAUGUUUGAUAACAGAUGUUGAGUCUACAUCUUGAGGAACAGGAACAGACAUCAGUCUGUUUGGCAAGGUUGUGUAUAGCUGGGCCACAUAACUGCAGAUUAAACUGAUCGGCAGCUACUUGAACCCAAGCACACAUUUGUACUUUGCUGCAGUCAGAGAUACAGUACAGGUUUGUGUUAAACCAACAACACUAUAAAACCUUUAGCAACCUGUUUAUUCCACAGCUCCAUCAUGAUGUAAAACCUCUGGGUUUGACUGCACUGUGACAGCUAUGCAACAGUGAAUUUAAGAAGAACAACUGCUAUGCUAACUCGUUUCCACAUGAAGGAUUCAGGGUUCCUACAUUGGGGCAUUUGGCUUAAAUGAAUCCUUGUGUGAAUAUAAUCCCACUUGUUAGUGCAACUGUCUAAGAUUUAAUUUCAGUGAAUGGUCAGUUGCAUUUCUUCAGUCAUUCCAAAUCUAAUGGUAGCAACAUGUGAGACAGUGUAUUUGGAAAUGCAGUUUACAAUAUUGUUAAUGUGAAUUGAAAACAUGGCACUGUGUUGGAUUUCUUCAAUUUCAUAGGUUCACACUUUUCCACCAAGAUGACACACAUUAAUUCAUCUCCUACAUAUUUUUGCUGCUCCUUGUGUAAGAAAAAGCUCUUUAUUUUAUCAAAAAACACAUAUUUCUCUUCUGAUUAAAUUUAGCGCUUUUCUCUAUAUGAAUAUGUAUUUUCAGGCAUUUUGUGCCUUUUUCCAGUAGCAGAUAGUAGUGAAGAGUCCGAUACCAGUGGCAGAGAGGGGAAUGACUUGCAACAAAUGUCAUGACUGGGAAUCCAACUGGAGACACUGUGAUUCAUGGUAGGCGCCCUUAAACACUCAACCACAGGCCUCCCCGAGUUAACCUGAUUUUCCAGGAGCAGUGCCUGUGAUUAUUUAUUUCAGUGUUUUGGUUUUUUUUUUGUUUUUUCUACAGUAUCAUAAUAUAACUCUAAACUCAGUACAAUUACCAACACUACAUCACUUUAGUCCAGAUUUGACUGUGUCUUGUGUUGUCUUUUGGAUGACUUUGGACGUUGCAGUGCCUUAUUUAAUAUCUUUGACAGUUUUCAGCCUGUAUGUUGUGUGUUUUAAGGAAAAGGAAUCUGACCAAAGGCUUGUGAAUUCUGAGCUCUGUCCAGAGCCUCAUUAUGGACCUGUCCUCUCUGGUUUUACUUGCAAUCGUCUUAUGAUAGCCUAUAUUUAGACAAAUUAGAUUUCAGGACUGUGGCAGAUCAUUGAUGAGGUAUCACUUGAAUUGAAAAGCAUUAGAUGUUACAGUGUCUGCUGGAAGUGGUAACUGAAAUAACUGGAGCAUGUCCUUCCUCCUUGCUAGCAUGUUUGUUUUAUUUUGAGGCAAAUCUAUCAAAGAUUAUAUACUAUGAAGGAAAAUAAGCAUCUUACCUUUAUAAUAAUAGUUGUGAAGGCUUGAAAAGGACAGUAAAAUGGCAUCAGCCUUAUUGAACAUAGUCAUUUUCUGCUUCUUCACCGAUCCUGUGCGAUUGGGGCCAGCACUGGACCUAUGGUACGCUAGUAUUUUAGAAAGCAAAUACUAUAAAAAAUGGGUAAAAUAAAAGGGUAAAUACAUCUCAAUAUGCUGUUCUGCAAUGGCAAUUCUAAUUGCUAAAUCCCAGCAUCUAUACAACAUUUUAAGUUGUUUAUAGCACAUUGUUUCACUAUGUGGUCCCUGCCUGUACAAAGAUGCACAUUUUUCUACAUGAAUUAACAGUAUGGAAAAUAGACAUGCACAUUCAAAACAAUAUCCUAUCAUGGAUGCAUUGAUGUAUGUGAUGUUCUGUUGUUACUUAAACUGUUGUUCAAUAUAUAAGGCUUAUAUUCGUAUUUAACUGCAUUUGCACUAGCACUAUUAAGACUAGUAUCAAAGUACCUUGCUGUUGUUUAUUUUAUAUAAAAAAAUAUAAAUUUUAAAAUGUAUUUAUGCACAUAACUGUCUGUCCAUGUCAUGCACAUCUGUGUUUAUCUGUCAUCUCGCAGUUUCUCUCUGGCUAUGUUUACAUUAUAUUUCAGCCAGAUUCUAGUGAGCUAAAAGAAAAGCAUAUCUAUUGUUCUAACUGCCCUGUAUAUCAUUUUACAUUGUCUAUGUUAGAAGUGAUGCUUUAUAGUUUAAUACUAUUACAUACAUUGAAUUACUUACUCGGUGAUUGUUCAACUGUGUGGACAAAAAGCUCUGAACUGGAUAUUUUUUAGCUGAAAAAUUACGGUGAAAUGAAUUGAAUAGCUCCUCAUCUAUAAUAUUAAAUAAUCAUGUAUGAGAAUUAUGCUCUUUACAAAAUAUGCUUCAAUGCUUUAUUAACCCUUAAUGACCUAAACAAUCACUGGCGACCACAAUCAUCUACUGAUCUAAAAUGUUCAUAACCUUUCAAUCGCUAAUCCUAUCAAUACAUUUAUAUAAUUCGGGUAAAAUGCAGUUUCUCACUUUUCAGUGGCAUUUGAAAUGACCCAUUUGAAUGUUCAGAGAUUCCGUAAUGAACGUGGAAACAUCGCCAUCUUCUGCAACAUUGAUUCACCAGAAAAACAAAUAGUAGUCGGACAAAUGACAGCGGUUGUAGAUACUUGUUUUUAUGUUCAGUUAGUAAUAUAUGUAGAUGAAAAAGUCACAUUUUUUCUGUUUUGAUGUAAUAAAUUUUGAAUUUAGUUUGAGCUUUAAUACAUAUCUACAUAAUCAGUAAAUUGAAUGUAGGAAAAUACCUGAUUUUCACCGAAAAAUGCAAAAUGCUGAAUAUUAUAAUAAAUAACGAUAAAUCACUUAAAUGUAGAGAAAAAAAAUUAUAAUUAGGAGGUUGCCACAAACAUAUUUCGAGGUCUUUAAGGGUUAAUAUAAAGUUGAACUGAUUGGUUGCUCCACUUUCAUUAACUUCACUUAAGGUUUCAGAAAUGGGUUUGGGAUCUGAGAUAUUUCACCAUAAAUAUCCAGAAUGACGAGCUGAAUUGAAACAAAUGAUUUCUUUUACCUUUUUUCUUUGUCAACAAAACUAGACUCAAUAAGGAAGAAGAAAAUAAUUGAUUGCGAGGCUGCCAGUCAUUGCUGAGUUAUUAUUGCAUGGUUUGUGUGGACAACUUGCCAAAGUGCACGGUUUUUGUUUUGUUUGAGUGUCACAGCGGUGUGUGUAUGUGUCUCCCCAGCGCUUUCAUUUCACUAACCUUCCUGUUCAGACAGUCUGCUCUCUGAGACGGCGUCUGUCGUCAUUGUGAUUUAUGAGUUUAAUAAAACUCUGUGUGUGUUUGUGUGUGUGUGUAGCUCAGGGCCAUACUGUCCCUUACAAUCACUCCAUGAGCUCCCUUUUCACAACCUCUCCCUCCCUCUGUGGCUGACAUUAGCUGUGAAUGUGGCUGUGAAUGUUUUAGAAGUGCCCUUGUCAGACUGGUGUCCUUGAGCGAGGGCACUGUUGUUACUGCCAGUUUGUUAAUUUCUAACUCGCCUUGAUGUCCCCUUAAGGGACGCAGGAGCAAAACCAAAUUACUGCUGCAUAGUUUUGAUGGAGAUACUGGCCCUCUGUGUGAAUGUGCCAGUGUGUGUGAUAACAAAAUCUUGGUGCAGCUGAUUACACAUCUGUGUUUUACUAACUCAGCAGAAGACGAUUCCUAAAAUGACUCAGACUGCUGUAACUGGUCUGAGUUUUUGUCAGGAAGAAAGUUUAAGAGGCUUUAUUUUUAGGCUUGGGCCACAUAUUUACAUGUAAUAUUAUGGUUUAACUAUAUUGCGUUCCAUUUUAAAGUAAUCAAAACAUCUAUUUUUGUCCUGCUAGUCACACUGUGCACACACACACACACACACACAAAUCCUUCAAUGUGCAAACCAUUUUCCUUUGAUAAUUCUAAUCGUAUAGACUAAACUGAGGCGCAACUUGACCGCCUUAACUAAAUAAAUACUCAUGUAUUACUAUACGAAUGCACAUGUCCUCCUUUGUCAUUGUAAUGCUUUUUUGUCCUCUCACAUUGGUUUGAUGUUCAUGGUUGAAACAUGAAACUGGUACAUUUGUGUGUUUAUUUUAAGCUGCUGCUGUUAAGCACUGACAUCUCCUCUGUUUGCGAUGGAGUAAAACAAUAUUUACCUGA